AUGGAACCAGCACCAAAUCAGAGUGGACGUGAGGUUGAGGAAGAGGCCGAGACAAAGAGAAACAAAACAAUCAACGCAUGGGCCAUGAUGCAAAACUGCUUCCUGAACACGUCUGUGCUUGAAAUUGAGUCGACGAUUUCGGUGCUAGAGAGACACACAACCCAUCAAAUUCACAUUUUAAUACUGAAAGCACUGGUUGCAAUAAAAAGGGGUUCUCUGAAACGCGCCUAUGAAAUACUCCACAAAUGCAUGAGAGAAUGCAGACAGUACAACGCAUUUGCUCUAGAGUGCAUGGCAAUGUGGAAUGGAGCAGUAGGGCGCCACGAGGAUGCCCUACGGCAGUACGUGAGACUGUUGGAGAGUUCAAAGCAUUCUGUACAUAAAGUGGAAUACCUAAUCAAAAUUGCAAUUAGCAAAAAGAAUCUUGGAUUCUACAGCACAGCCAUGGAGAUAUUUGAGCGGAUUCUGGCUAUACCAGAGGGGUAUGCACGUGUUCCAGUGAUCUAUACACAGAUAUAUCACAUAUAUUUAUUACGAGGUGACCUGAACAAUCUCAGCUCGUUUCUCUCCCACUACAAGUUUGCAGUAAAAAGCAGAUUUCUAAACCGAAUUUAUGGAGAAAUGCUCUACAGGCAGGAUAAGAAGAAUGACCUCUUCCAACUUGUAGAAUCAACCAAAUAUGACACGUAUUUGCACUAUUUACAGGCAAGAAUGGCCAUGAGAGGCUUCUGCUGCCCAGAACAGUAUUUUGAGAGAAUCUUGAAGCACUCUAACGACAACUACGUGAUUCUGAAUACGUACGGGAACUACCUGUACAACAAGGGAAGAAUGUCAGAGGCACUGGUGUACUAUACGCAGUCAUACGGAUUAAAUCCAACAUAUGGGCCAGUCAAGUACAACUUGUCUCUUCUGAAGAAGCUGGAGACUACGAAUCCAGAGGCAAAGGAGUUCUUCAAAUCACCAGGCAGCUUUGAGCCAAUGGACAUGGAUCCAUUUGUGGAAAAGUGUGGCUUCUUCAACAUGGAUGUUGAAUUGGACAGCCAGGCCUCCUUGCUCAACGAGUCAUUCGUGGAGAUGUGCGAUAUUCUGGAUCUGGAAGGAAAUGAUAAAUAG